AGAGUAUUUAUACUAUACACAACAGAAUCUCUUCUUCUCUUUCUCAAAGAUUCACUGGAAUACCCCUGCACUGCUCUCUCUCUCUCUCUCUCUUCUCAUCUUAAUCCCCUCCCCCUUUUCUUUUCACUCAACAAAUCAGAAGGUUAAUCUCUCAAAAGGGGUGAAAAAAAUACACAUGUUUUUACGCUGAAAUAAUAUAUACCAAUUGAAUUUUUUCAAUUCAUCACGCAAAACCUUAAAUGUACUGUUGUACUUACCCCUCCACUCUCUCUCUCUCUCUCUCUCUCCCUCUCUCUCUCUCUCCCUCUCUCUCUCUCUCUCUCUCUCUCUCUCAUUGUCAUAUCUUUGCAACAUCAAAUAGUCCCAGCAGUCUCCACAUCAAAACCAUAAUCAUCACGCCUCUCCUCCCUCGCACGCAGCUUCCUCUUUCCGACACUCUCCCCUUUAAAAAAAGGUUUUUAACCAAAAUCGAUCGGUAUCAUAUCCCAAUUAACACAGUGUCCCAAUUCACGCACAGACGCUAGCUACCAACACCCUCUCAUCUCUCGAUCUCCAUUUCUCAUCAAAAUGUCCAUAAACCACUUCCCCACUCCCAACAUUCCAGAAUCCUUCUGGUGGAGUACAACUCCCCAGCCCAUAGCCGUGGAACCCCCGAACGCCCCCAACGGUGGCGCCGCCGCCGACCUCGACGGCCGAGCCGCUUAUGAGGCGGAGGAGGAACAGGGCAGGGAAACCAUGUUCGAGAAACCGCUGACGCCCAGCGACGUGGGGAAGCUGAACAGGCUGGUGAUACCGAAGCAGCACGCGGAGAAGUACUUUCCUAUGGGCGGCGGCGGCGGGGCCGCCGAGUCGGGCGUGCUGCUGAAUUUCGAGGAUGAGUCGGGGAAGGCGUGGAGGUUUCGGUACUCGUACUGGAACAGCAGCCAGAGCUACGUGUUGACGAAGGGGUGGAGCAGGUUCGUUAAGGAGAAGAGGCUUGACGCCGGCGACGUCGUUUUGUUCGGGAGGGACAGGCGGGAUGGCGAGAGGCUGUUCAUCGGGUGGAGGCGCCGUACCCCCGCCCCGGUGCAGGAUAGCAUGGCGGGACAUUCUAACGCGGAUGGUACUGGAGCGUGGACCAGGAUGCUCUAUUCUGCGCACCCUUAUCCUCCGCACACACCCCCAUCCCUACCAUACCAACCCGAUGAUCACCGUCUUCAUGCAGGGUCUGUGAAUAAUGAUGAGAGGCAGCAGCAGGAGGGAACGGCAGAGGGAAGGUCGAAGCGACUAUUGAGGCUGUUCGGGGUGAACCUGGAGUGGCACCCUGACGGGUCGGAGCCAUCCAGCUGCACCACCUCCCAGGGCUCGUCUUUUUCUGGCACCCAAGCUCCGCCGCAUCAUCAUCAUCACCAGCCCUCCUUCUACCCACAACCCCUACCUUAUUCUCACGACAAUCACAAUAUGGUGCAGGUGCAGGCGCAGGAUGUCAAUAUCUCCCGAGAUGUCAGCCAGAUGAGAAAUCGCCGAGGAUAGGAUCCCCCCAGAUGUGACGCAUUGGAUUGACUUGCUCAUCUAAAGAAAGCAGCAGACUUCAAUGUGCCCAAAACACCCCCCAAAAAAAUUGAAAAAGAAAAAAAUCCCUGAUUUUCAGGAUAUCAUCUCAUAAAAAAGUUCUUUUUUGAGAGAGGAAAAAAAAACAGAGAGAGAGAGAACAAGGGUAGAAGGGAAAGGAAGGAAGGGAUAUGUACCUUUUGAAGGGCAGGGGGGAGGAUGGGCCUAUAAGUGUAGGGGGGUAGGGGGGGCAGGGCAGCAGAAUGGGGCAUUUUGCACAAAAUGAGGAGUGGGAGGGGGGAAGAAGUACUGUCAUCGAUAUCAGAAAUAUAAUCUGCGUGUACAUAUUGCCACCUUAGGUGUUUUGCCUCUAGAGUUUUCACAUUUCAUAUAUAUAUAUAUAUAUAUAUAUAUGAUCAGAUUCGAAGCCAGCGUGGGUGGGUGAAUGGAUGACAGCCCCACCCCACAUAGAUCUCUAUCUGCAUUGCCCAUCUCCAUCUCCCUUUUUUGUGUUUAUGUAUGCGUAAUGCGUCUAGCUCUGUUGGUGCUGUUAAUUUUGGAUGUCUAUAUAUCUGUAUGCUCUUUCGGCAUUUUUGCAAAGAAGAAUUUGAAGAGUAUGUUUGUAUUGUGGACGUGUCGUUUUGGGGAUGUAAUUUGUCAAUCUUAAAGCUCUCAGAAGCUAGUGACAUAUAUAUAUAUAUAUAUAUAUAUAUAUUUCUAUCACUCAAUUCCUAUUUUAGCA